AUGGUUAUGAGCACCGCGCCGAGGGCGUCAACGUCUUCGAGCUUUCAGGCUUUUGCAGUUGGCCUCUUGGGGAUGGCCCGUGGUCGUAAAGGAGCCAGCGGGGAGACGAAUUCGCUGUCGACCCGAGAUGCCACGGUUUCCGUCGACACGCGGUCCACGACACGAGUUUUGCUGGAGUGGUCUGCAUUAUCAUCCUGGCGCCAGCAAGGCAGCGAGCACCUCCAGUCCGGAUACAGGCCCGACCCAGAAACACUGGUAGCCUGUCUGGCAAGCUGGACAUAUGUGCAUAAUGAAACUGGGGCGCUUAUCUUCGCGUCGCUGCCUCACACGGUUUUCAACACGGACGCCAUGUCUCGUUACGAAGCCGCCGACAAAAUUGAUCUCUUCGUCUGCAGCAUUUACUUCUUCGGCGUGGGGACAUGCUUCGUCUUAUCCACGACUUUUCACACUUUCAUGCACCACAGCAAGACGACCUACGAUUUUGGCAUCAAGUUGGACUAUGCUGGCAUCCUCCUCCUGAUUUACACGUCAACGUUUCCUCUGAUUCUCUAUACAUUCCCUUGCCGCAUGUACCUGCAGGCCUUAUACAUUGCGGUCAUUACCAGCCUUGCGGGUGGCUGUAUGCUCGCGACAUUCCACCCGUCAAUUGGCGGACCACAUCUGGGUCACGUUCGCGCAUUUCUCUUCGGCUCUGUUGGUCUUGCAUCAUUCCUUAUCCCAAUCCUCCAUGGUAUCUUGGCGGCAGGUUUGGAAGAGCAAAGCGCCAGGGUAGGACUCUGUUGGAUUUGGCUGACGGUGCUCUGCAAUGGCCUAGGGGUUGUUGCGUACGCGUUCAAGUUUCCCGAGACUUGGUAUCCUCGACGCUUCGAUAUCGUCGGCGCGAGCCAUCAGAUAAUGCAUACAAUGGUCGUAUUCGCGGCCCUAGCCUACACCAAAGCCGUGCUGGUAGCUUUUGAUUAUCGCCACAGCCACCACCCCAUAUGUUGA